GCGUCACUAUGGCGACCGGACGCGGCUGGAUCCUGCAGCAGCACAGCCUCGGGCUGGCGUGGGCAGCGGCUGCUCCCCAGCGCCCGGCGCCGCCCGCCCUCCCCAGCCGGAGCCCCCCGACCGCCACGGCUCCUCCUCCAGGCCCGGACCGCGGCAGCUUGGCUGUGCGGCUCAGUAAGAGGUCAGGAAUCUUCACUGCCAUGUCUGCAAAACUAUCUGAAACCCAAAAUGUUCGCAUUCAAAGGCAUUAUCGGAAGACUUUUAUGAAAUCAAAAUUUUGCCUAUGCAUUGAGAGUAUGCCAUCAGAGAUACUACUGAAGAUAUUUUCUUAUUUGGAUGCUGUAUCCCUGUUGUGUAUCGGUUGUGUGAAUAAACGCUUCUAUCAUCUGGCCAAUGACAAUGUGAUCUGGUUCAAAAUUUACUCCAGUUUUUUUCCACCUAAAAGAACAAAUUGGAAAACUAACUCUGUUGAAAGAACAGCUGUCUUACUAAGCCAUGCUACAAUUCAGGACAGAGAAUCAGGAUAUUGGAAGAAUGAAUAUAUCAUGAAACAAAUAGCAACUGGCAAAACUAGAAUAUUUCAGCUUCUGAAACCUAUAAACCCUUCCACUGGCCUUCCACUUAAAACCAAAGAAGCUAUCAAAACAUAUAGCUUGAGAUGGGUGAUUGUACUGAAGGACAGAAAUGGAAAGGAACAUGUAAUGGAGCAGGUGGACAUCUCUUAUAAUGACACAUCUAUUACUGUAUUUUGGUAUGGUACAAACUGGCCAUGUUUAGACACCUUGUCAACUCUGGAAUUAUGUGGUGUGACACCAUUGCUUCUUGACCAAUGUAAAGUUCCCACCAAGAAUGGACCUCGGCGACGUUCCUUAAUUGCUGAGUUCAACCUUACUAACCUCACUAAAGUGACAACAAUGAUUGGCUCUGACAUGCUUGUGCAACUUUUCCGUUUGAACCCAGGACUCCUGGUGGGUCUCUGGAAGAAAGGAAAUGGAAUUGCUUUUGUUAUGGCGAGUCUUCAUCAUCAUCAACUUAUUGAGAGAAGCACUUUGGGCUCUGCCACUAUACAAUAUAUCCUGCCCCCUCAUAAACCUAUACUGGAUGAUGUUGACCCAGAAUAUGGACUGCAUGGCUACCAACUACAUAUUGAUAUGCACAGCGGAGGACAUACUUACAUUUGUGGUACAUUUCGCAGUCUGUUCUGCAGAAAAGAAUACAUUCGAAAUGGAUACUUGAGGCUUACAGUUAUAAGUUUAAAAAAUAAUUCACAACAUUUGCCUCUUGCUGGGAAAGUUGGCUUCUUCUGGAGAACUGAUGUGUUUGAAGGCAAUGUACAGAACUGUUACAUGAUGGAUGUGACCCUCUUGGAUGAAACAGAAAAGCCCUUCUGGUGUUUCAGUGCCCCAGUCUACAUGAAACUUUCUUCCAAGGCAUCCUGCCUUUAUGACUAUAUGGGACACAACUAUGACUUAAACUAUAUGGAUUCAGAGGGUAAAGUCCACGUUGAGCUGGUUUGGAUAGAAGAAUCCAAGGAAUACUAUAUAGUCAAUCUGGUUCUUUAUCUAAGCACUGAAAAAGUUAACCGCUGGUUUGGAACAAAAUACUGAUUCUAAUAAUUUGAGCAGUUACUUUCUCUGCUGGUAUUUAGUUGAUUUUUUGGGAGGAGGCGGGGAUUAAGGUUGAAAUGAACCCCACAAUCCAGGUGCUACAAGUUUUGUGCUUUAUUUACUGAAAACUAGGAAGUGUAGUCACUUAUUUAUUUUUAUUAUUGUUUUCACUUUUGUUAUUGGGGAGAGAAGCUUAAACAUAAAAAGUAAUAGCUUUCCUGUGAAGCACCAUGAUGUGCGCUAGUCUCUGUUGCAAGUACUGGGCAUGAAAAGGGUAAAAAGAUCAGUGUCACUCAAUACAAUCUUAUCUGGCAUAGUCAGAUAUGUAAUGCUGCUUCUGAAACAGCUAUUGUAAAUAUGACUGUGUUCUCUCUCCAUAUUUGUAUGUUCUACACUGUUCCUAAGAACUUAAAAACCACCUUGAAAAACUCAACUCCAUGAAGUCUGAAGUAACAAAACAAUGCCAAAGUAUUGUUGAGUGAGCUUCUAGAUAAUUGUCCUUUAGAUAAUUAUGAGAAACUAUUUCUAAAUGACCAAACUUAUGCAGAUGAGGUAUUUUUAAUCAUAAUUUGUAAUCUAAAAUUCACUGUGGUAGGGGCUUUAAAAAUUUAGAUUGACGGGCACAGGGAUGAGUAAUGUGAGGAAGAAGGCUUUUGCCAAGGGAAAGACUUCUAUAGACCCUUUUCUUAAAAGUUGACUGUUAAAGCUGCUGUUGGGUCAGAGGGAAAAAUGCAGUUGUUUUAAUUUGGUUGCAUGGAUUGUGGUCCAUCUCUGAAAACAUUGAAGCCUUUAGUUAGGAACUGAAAGAGAUAUGUUGGCCUCUAAAUAAGAGGUCUGAUUUUUUUCCCCAGAGGAGGUGAGCGUCAUCAGCUCGUAUUGACAUAGUUAAGAUUCAGUUAUUUAAGUAGAAAUGAUGGAUACCUAAAAUAUGGCUUUUAGUAUCUAUCUGUAGGACUUAUUUGAAAAUUGUAUUUUAUAUGUUUACUCUUUCAGAAUACAUGGUUGUACCUUUUGGAGUCCAAUCCUGUAUGCCUUACUUGAAAUCCGUUGGGAGUUUUGCCUGAGGGAGAUACAUGACAUUGGCACAAUUGUGUCUUUUUAGUAAUGUGGAUAACGUUCCUGUGUAGUUUAUUACAAAUAGAUAAAUUUUGUGUUGUUUCCAAGUGCUUCCUAUUACAGAUAAGGUUGUCCUACCAUAAUUACUUAUUUGUUGUCUUCUGUGACUUGUUUUUAAUUGUGGUAAAAGUGAUUUGUUGUAAUAUGUGUUUAUUUACCUCCUGUCUCUAUAUUAACUUGCAUAUAUGAGCCAAAUAUUUAAACAGUCGCUGAGUUUAAGUAUUUGUCCUUUGUACUACAGAUAUACUGAUUCUUUUUGUUAAUUUAAUUUUUAAGCUUGUUUACUGUUUUCUUUGAAUUCAAAGAUACUAAGUAAAG